AUAUCGUUAUCUAUUCAUAAUUAUUAGUCUUUUGCUAUUUUAUCAGUAAUGAAAUGCCGUCAAAAUGGCCGUAACGCGACGCGGAUAUAUCUUUAGUGCGUUUUUGUUGAGUGUUCUUAGUAUAUUAUUAAUUAUAGUUGCCAUAGCAAGUGAUAGUUGGAUAGUGUCACGUGCGUCGGAGGUGGGCCAGGAAUUAGACAGCCACUUAAGGUAUGGCUUGUUUACGGGGUUAUGGCAGGAUUACACGUUAAUUACGCCCGUAAUGAGCACAUUACACAUGACAUGUGUGCCUGGUAAGAACGCGUGUGCUCAGAGUUGCAAAACGACAAGAGAAGCGAGACUUACAGAGGUGGAAGCAUUGGCUGAUGGGUACCGACCGAUGGUUACCUGCACGUCUGUGACGUUAGUUAACACGGAAGAUCCAUUACCAACUCCGCCUGUGAUAUCUUUCGUUUUCUACUUGUUCCUACUUCUUGUGGUAAUCCUGCAAAUGCUGUUCGCGAUAUUCUCUGCGGGCUUAGCUAUCAUCAACUCUAUUAAGAAUCCGACCGAACCUGUAUUCAGUUUAUUAGGUUGCCUCUGGUUCAACUUGGUGACAGUAGGCCUUGGGAUCGUAGCGCUGAUGAUGUUCGGCAUAUACUGGGCCACCUCUGGUCUACAGGAGCACCUGGCAUUCUCAUUCAUAGCUCUGGGCUCCUACCGUCUUUCACCGUCGCUUGGCUACUCAUAUUGGCUUUUAAUUGUAGCUGUUGUAGCUUCACUCCUGAACAUUGGACUUCUUCUACUGAGGGAAUAUAUGCUGGAGAGAGACCCACCACCGCCUACGUUGAAAAUUGAAAAUCACUCUGAUGGCACCAUAUUUUUAUAUUAAUCUACCUAGUAUAUUAAAAAUAUUUAAAUAUUAUGAAAUCACAUUACAAUUAUGUAUAGAAUAUUUCAAAAAUAGAAUGUAAAAAAUCAUUAAUUAUACAAUAAUUAUAAAUAACAUUUACGACUGCUCUUUACAAAAACUGUUACAAGUAACACUAUGUGAAAAAACGCAUGUUUAACAUGCGUUUUUUCACAUAGUGCAAUAAAUAUCAAUUGUGAGACUAGAUUGUUAUAAAUGAUAAUCACUGUGAUUUUUCAUUAAUAAAAUUGCUGUAAUUAUGAAAAAAACUUCACUAAAUAAUAACAAAUUAAAAGUAACAAAAAAUUUGGCAUGUUUAAUUACAACAACUGGUCUAUACCUUUUGGUUCCCCUUAAGGGGAGGAUAUUAGCGUACUGAGAAUAAAACUGUAUAAUUUAUUAAAUCAUUAAAAUUAUGAUUUUAAUCUUAUAUGAUUUAUAUUAUAUUACUUAUAUUAUUAUUUCUAUCCAAAGUUGGCUUGAAAAAGCUUGUUUUUUUCUGCAACUUGAAUGGCAAAUAAGCUGACGGCCCACCUGAUGGAAAGUGGCAACCAUCGCCUAUAGACAUGAGCAGUACCAUGGACAUAACAGACAUAACAUGUUUUCAAUGAUGGCUCCUAAUUGUUUUCUCAGUUUAAUUAUUUAUUUCUUGUAAUUAAUAUUUCUAUAAAUUAUUCUACUGUCACCUUUUUAGAACAAAACAAUGUAUAGUAUAACCACACUAACUAGACAGUUUGAAGUACGUGCGCUUUUAUUUUGGGCUUGAUUUGUCCUAAUUUAUCUCUAGGCACCACUUUUUACAUCUUGGGGAUGAAGAAAGUGAUGACAUAUCACAUUGUUAUUCCAUAAUCACAAGUGGUACAUUGGUGUGAUUAAAAAAUAAUUACACUGUGAUUUUUAUUACACAUUUAGAAACACAAUUUAGAAAAUAAUACCUAUUUCUUUUUUCUUUGUAAUUAUUUUGAAUUAAUUAAUUUAAAAUUUAGUUUAUUAAAUUAUUAAAUAUGUUUCAAUAAAGAUAUUAUUAAGUCCGAA